AUGGCGACCAGAGACACGGACCGAGAACAGCUCCGCCCCCACCAAGGGGAUUGCUUUUUCCAGGCAAAGGAAAAGAACACGAUAGUUUGCCUGGACACAGGAGAAGGAAAGACUUUGAUUGCGGUACGCCUCAUUGAGCACUUUCUGAGAUUUCAUCGAGGCAAACGCGCGGUAUUUCUCGUUCCGACGCUAGCUUUAGUAGAUCAACAAGCCGACUACUUGAGGCGGGAAUGCCUCAUACCAACAAUAGAUGGCGAUGACGACUCAUCUGUAUUGGCAACACCAGAGAUAUUGUUGAUUGAGGGCGAAAAGCAAGCAGGUUGGGAGAAGUUAGAAUGGCAGAAAGCUAUCAGAGAAAAUGAUAUCCUUCUUGGCACCCCGGCAGUUUUUCUAAGGGCGGCAACACAUAACUUUAUCUCGAUCGACCAAUUCUGUGUUCUUGUCUUUGACGAGUGCCAGCACGCCAAGAAGAACUCUGCGAUGGCUUCCAUCAUGCGCGAUGCCGUUCAUCCAUAUUGGAAGAAAUCUAAAUCCAAGCUCCCACGGAUUCUUGGUCUGACCGCGUCAUUCGCCUACGGCGGAGACGGCGACCUCAAGGGAGAGCGCCGCAACCUGGAAGCCUUGAUGAAUUCCACCAUAAUCUGCCCUGACGUUGCGCCUAGAUUCGAUGAGGAUUGCUUUCGAAAGAUUGAAUUUGGCAGCGACGAGCAUCACUCUCAGCAGCACAUCGAUGAGAUUGAUACAUUGCUAGAAGCAGCACUGAGGAAGCUCGGACGUGUCACGGGAAUCAAGAAGGCUGUGAAACAAUGCAUUCAUGUAUUCAAGGAACUUGGCCGAGAAAGUCUGUUGUUUUAUGUCCAGCAUGCAAUCAUGAGCCAAAUCGUCGACAAGAUUGCAAAUCUAGAUAGUUUGGACGAUGAAAACACGCAGAGAGCCGCACAAACUUUGCGUUCCAGGCUCCCUGAUCUACGAUGUGAGAUGCAGCAGCUUGAUGAUAGACUUCGUGAGACGUUUACUACGGAUUAUGUUCCCCGGACGCCAAAGCUACAAUGUCUUCUGGAGUUACUACAAAGAAACUUUUCUUGCCACGACAACGAUAGUAGCUAUAGAGGCAUGGUGUUCGUCCAGGAGAUCUCGCUUGUUUCGACUGUUGCCCAUCAAAUCAACGAGUUCUUCAGCGGUUCAAAUUGGCUGUGCGGUGUGCUCGCCGGGACCAAAGCUCAGACAAAGGAAAACAGAAAGGAAAACUUGGAAUGCUUCCGAAAAGGGGUGGCUCGCAUUCUUGUGUCUUCUUCUGCGGGUGAAGAGGGGCUCGAUGUUCCCGAGUGUCAGUUCGUGAUUCUCUAUUCAAAACUCCCGACGACCAAAAGCCAAAUCCAACGAAUCGGUCGCGUCAGGAGUGCAAACGCCGAGCUCUACUACAUGGAGAACGACCCGAACACUGAACGACGCAAAGCGGCGCAAAUGGCAGCAGUCGCAAGGGACACAUCACUGAACCUGAGCCCGGAGAAAUUGAAGAGUCAGAGCGAGGGAAUGACUGUAGUGACUCAUGUUCACCCAUAUCCCCCAGGCACGGAGACCUCUGCAAACGAAGGAGGCGGAAUCAUCAAUGUCUUCAACUGCAAAGAAAUCUUUGUUCAGUAUUGCUCGAGGGUUCUAGCACAAUCCAUCAACCCCAGUAUGGAAUUGUAUGAUUACACGACAAUCCCUGGUCACCAGCAAGAGGUCCUCCAAAAUGUGAGAUACCCGACACCCGAGGCUUGGAAGACAGUCAGAAGAGAAGAGAUGUAUGACUAUUGGAAGGGGUCGGAUGUGAAGAAUGUCCUACUGCAGGAACGGUGCAAAGGAAAAUCCCCCUCUGAGAAGGAUGAGAUGCUGUUCGUGUACGUUGUGGCAGUGAAACUCCGAAUGGAAGGCCUUCUGGAUGAUCACAACAAGCCAUCAAACUUUGCCAAGAACUACACAAAGUCAAAGUGCCCCCUUCGCAGCAGCUUCGCUCCCGAGAGCAUUGCAUUGAAUCGACGAGUCACCUUUAAAGCUGCGACAAGAAAUCAUGUUGCUUCUACCAGGGGAGAAAUCUCUUUGGAAGGGUCUGAUGCACUCUUUAGGAAUUACCUGAGGACUGUAUUCGACAAGGAAUUCCUGAAUACUAUGUUCGACUUGAACGAAGAUAUACCAACCGAAGACCUUUUCCAUUAUCGCCUGGAUGGACGAGCAAAGCCGAUUCCUGCCGGGCUGUUCUGUCCCACCCCUCGGGGUUGGGAGGAAAUCUCGCUGGAAGACUACAGAGAAACGUUCGAAAACAUGGACUUGGCCGAUCAGCUUUCCGUGACCAAGUCCAGAGGCCGCACAGAGAAGAUGCAGAAAGCUUUUGUAUACUUGGCCGUCAAACGACUUCACGAGUUCGGCUAUUUGAACGAGAACUAUGUGCCCAUCCUACAUGCGACAGCACUCACGGUGACGAGGAAGAGCUGCAAGCUGCGUGUUGAAGAUGGAACCUUUGUUCCGACGACUAUUGGUGUGCCAGUCGCGUUGUCCUUGUCAGAAGCUUCUACGCCAAGUGGUAUUCCCAUGUCGGAGGUCAUGAGCGAACGUGUAGAAGAGGAAAGCGUGCCUGCCCUGUCUGAAACAAUGAUCAGUGUGUCGUCUGACGAAGAUAGCAGAGCUUCGGAGGUGUUCGCUAACCCUUCCUCCAUCGACGUCGACGGACUCGAAGACGCAGACAUGGAAGAAGCCUUCGACCAGAUGGUACCGGCGCCCACAGGGAACGGCCAAGGAGGCAUUUUUGAUGAUGCCGAUGACUGCUCGUCACUCUAA